CGGCGGGGCGGAGUGUGCUUCCUUUGGGGGGAGGGGGAGAGAGGCCGAAGAGUCCCGAGGCUUUGGCCCGCGCCUCCCUCUCGCUCGCUCUCGCUCUCUCUCUCUCGCCUGCCAAGCGUUGGAUUUCAUUGUUCGGGGCUGAUGUCACUCCCAGUUGUCACAGACGCCUCUCCCGGUGACAAUGUGGGACUAGGAGGCACAAAGGAGCCCUCCGGACAGAGCCCCAAGAAAGCGGAACUGAUCUUUCACUUUGCCUUUGGAUGUUUGCUUCUUUUCCAUCCCCGUGUUUAUUGAACAAGAUAUGGUGUCUGUCUUGAUCAACAGAUGUGAGGACACAGGAAGUAGGAAAGUUUUGGAGGGGACUGAAUUCUGUGUGGCCACUGAUGUGGCAAACUAAGUGCCCUUCUCCAAACAAGAUUUGGCGACUUCAACACCUUCUACACCCGGGGUGUCGGUUUUCUUAGAAGCAUAUCCAUGCAUUCCUACACCAUGGCAUCACCAGACAGGAUGAGCAGCUCAGAUAAUGGACUAGAAGAGACAGAGCUCAGCAUCACCCUCACUCUCCGAAUGCUUAUGCAUGGCAAGGAAGUUGGCAGCAUCAUUGGCAAGAAAGGAGAGACUGUGAAGAGAAUACGAGAACAGAGUACAGCCUGGAUCACCAUUUCAGAGGGAUCUUGCCCAGAGCGGAUCACUACUAUUACAGGAUCCACUGAUGCAGUUUUCAGAGCAGUUUCCAUGAUUGCUUUCAAGCUAGAAGAGGACUUGGGAACUGGAGCAAUCAAUGGCGGAACUGUCUCCAAACCACCUGUCACAUUACGGUUAGUCAUCCCAGCCAGUCAGUGCGGCUCACUCAUUGGCAAAGCAGGAGCGAAAAUAAAGGAGAUUCGAGAGACUACAGGAGCGCAAGUACAAGUAGCUGGAGACCUCCUCCCCAACUCCACAGAGAGGGCUGUGACUGUAUCUGGAGUGCCAGAUGCCAUCAUCCAGUGUGUGCGGCAGAUUUGUGCUGUUAUCCUAGAGUCACCACCAAAAGGUGCCACUAUUCCCUACCAUCCCAGCCUCUCCUUGGGACCAGUUCUUCUUUCAGCCAAUCAGGGAUUUUCUAUGCAAGGACAAUACGGUGGAAUAUCUCAAGCAGAGGUGACAAAACUGCAGCAGCUUUCAGGACACCCUGUCUCGUUUUCUUCCUUGGGACAAACUCCAUCAAUAGUAGCAGGCCUGGAUACAAACUCUCAGAAUAGCUCCCAGGAGUUCCUCGUACCCAAUGAUCUCAUUGGCUGCAUCAUUGGCCGCCAGGGCAGCAAGAUCAGUGAGAUCCGGCAGAUGUCUGGAGCACACAUCAAGAUCGGGAACCAGACUGAGGGCUCCGCUGAGCGCCAUGUGACCAUCACAGGCACUCCGGUCAGCAUCACUUUGGCUCAGUACCUCAUCUCAGCCUGUUUAGAGACGGCCAAAUCUACCUCCCAGACGCCCCCCGUUGACCUCGGCAUGACUUUCUCCCAGCCCCUCACCCCUUCGCCAGCCCCAACACUGACCGCAGUGGCCGCACCUCCCCCAGCCUUGCUUGGCGCUCCCUAUGCCAUCUCCCUCUCCAACUUCAUCGGCUUGAAACCCGUCCCCUUCUUGACGCUGCCCCCUUCCUCAGCCGCGGGGCACAAUGGCAGCCUUGCCACCUACACGACCAAGAUCUCCACAGCCAAUGCCAGCAAGAAGGCUGAGAGACAGAAGUUCUCCCCAUACUGAAACAGGAAAGUGGGCUAUGGGCCAGGGAGGGGGAGAGCUUGGUUAGAGGGCAUCAGCAUCAGGCCACUCCAAAGCAGGACUCCAUGGGGAAGGAGUAAGUAAGGUGUGUGAGAAGGGAAAGCCAAUUGUACAUGAAAGUAAAGUUGGGAGAGGAUAUAACCUGGACAGCUGCUUGAGCAUUGUGCUCAUGAAUACUCAGCCAGAGAAAUGGUUCUUCUGCCUCCAUGGGUCUCAGCUGCUCUUGCACCUGAGAUCUGUGCAGUGAGUAGAACCUCUGAGUUUCAUAGUAUUACCUCUCUUGUACAAUGUCCGCCCCAUGCUCAGGAGUGUUAUUUUCCCCUUUACCUUCCCUAAACCUAUCAGAUCUCUCUCAGGAAGGAUCCCAACGUAUUUUUAAAGGAAUACUUACAUUAGACAAUUUGACAAUAUCCCUUCCCACACAAUUCUUUGAAUUAUACUAAAGGAGUUUGAAAACACGGGAAAAGUCUUUUCUUAAUUAAGGCAGUAGGUGGUACUCACUAGACUUGUGGUGAUGAUAGUUGGAAGUAUUCUGCUGUGUCUCAUGAACUGCAUUUCUCAAGAGCAGAACUCAAAAGGUUUCUGGUUCGCAUAGAACUGGAAAUGGGAUAUGCCCCAGAUACAAUGUAAUUACUAAGAAGUAAAGUCUUUGAUGCUUUGUCCCUGGCACAUUAUUGCAGUCUCGUGUCUCACUAUAGCUAAAUAAGGAAAUGGGGAAAUAAAUGCUUUCACAACAUACAACCAGGUGCUCAAUGGCAAUCCUCUCCAGCCACCUGCUGUCCUCCAGUUGAAGUGGAUUGUGAGUCCCAUUAUCUCCAUCAGCUUUCUGGGGAUUGUGGAAGUUGUAGUUCCAUAAAGUUGGGAGAAGUGGCAGGAUGAGGGAAAGUUCUGGAAUUGUACCUCUUACUAGAAAAUUACUACAAGAACAAAGAGUGGAAUGGUACACUCUCACCAAACAUUCUGUUAAAUUGACAGGGCCUGGCAUAGCAACUGUAGUCCCAUGUUUGGCUUUCCAUAUUAUAAAAAUGAACAAUGACUAAUCUGAAAUACUCUGGAUUAGAGCUUUCAGCACUGGAUGCCAAUCUCAGCUGCUCACUUUGUAAGUGGGUGACAUCAGUUCCUCUGUUUAUUUGAUGGAAGAUUCCUCAGGAUAUCUCUCAUUGGCAGGAUAUGUAAGAUAUUGUCUUGCCAAUUAAGUACCGUUGAAUUUAUUAGAAUGUUGAUGUCUCCUGUAAGUGCUCACAAAUUUGUUUUGAUCUCUUACAGGCCAGUCCUAAGUAUAUUUGCUCAAAAAUAGCCGCAUUGCAUUCAGUGAAGCUUAUUCCCUCUGAGUACUGAAAGCUACCUUAUUACUGGACAACACCAUAAAUCCAUCUAGCUUGCAGGAGGGGGGAGUACUUUGUAGGCUGAAUAGAGUUUCCCAACACCAUUUUGGUGUCCCAGCAUUUUGUGAAGAAGUUGAGGGGAGGGCAUUGCCACAAAACAUUGCCACCAAGGUACAUGCAUAUGUAUUAAUUUCUCCAUCUCAGGGGUGAGCAACUACACAGGGGUAGCUUUUCUAGUGUUUGCACCAGCUUUCUAAUUCAACCAAAAGAUGGUGCAUCACUUCCAACUGCAUUGUUGGUUGAUUUUUUUGGGGGAUGGGGAGAGAUCUUGGUAGGUCACAUAAUUACAUUUCCAUAUUUUGUAGUGAUUUUUGAGGCAUUUGGAGUAAAUUUUGAUUUAAAAUAUUUGCCAUUAGAAAUUGUGGGGAGCAUGGGAUCCACUUUGGUACACCAUGUUUUUUCCCUCUUGACAGGUGGGUUCGCAAACCCUAACAGUUGCCUGCCUUUGAUCCAACUCAAUAUUAUCUAGAUUGAUAAGCAACAAUCUAUGACUUAAGUAGGCAUUAUUCCCAGUUGUACCUGGAGAUGCUAGGGACUGGAUUUGUGACGUCCUUUGUACAAAGCAUGAGCACUACCAGCAAACCUCUCUCAAGGGGGAUUCACUCGCAAGUGGGGAAACGAUAGCAGCUUUAGUGAUUUAAUACAUUCUGCCACAUUUCACUCACUGAAAAGGUUUGUCCUUGUCAGCCCUUGGUUAUCAUUAUCAUAAGGAUGCUUGUGUGAGUGAAGAGGUGGCACCCAGAGACCUCAGGUUGAAGCAGAUGACUAUUCUAAUUAUACUUCUGAUCAGUAUUACUGACCAGUCUGUCUGGAACUGGCACUUGAGACCUCGAUAGGCUGUCAUCCUAACAGCGGAUCUUGUAAUUCACAUUGCUACAUUCAGUAAUUAUAUCCCAAUAGAUUAAAUGUACCAUAUAGACAAGGUCGGUUUGUUAGAUGAUUUGUAAAUUGGUAGCUUUAUUGACAUGGGUUCUGAUUGCCAUCCCGUAUAAAUGGGCAUGUUGUGUUGCUUUGUUCAAAUACUGCUGCAUUAACUGCAGGCUACCUUUGUAAAGCAAAUUAUAACUGCGGAUUAUCUUUGUAUAGCAAUGUGACUGCUGGAUGAAUCGGGAAAACUGGUUGAAAAGCAACAAUAUUGAAUUUGGCUUUUCCUGGUGAACUCUGCCCACUCUGCUGCCUACAGCCACUUGGUAUGUUAUAGUCAACUGCUGUUGGCAAUGUCUCAACAGUCACAACGUAUCCCCUUUUCAACUACAUCCUGUUCUUUCUCUGGCCUCUCUGGGAAUCACGAGUAAUGUAAAACCUUUACUGCAUUGGACUCAUUCCUUUGGAUUACAAUGCCAAAGAUAUCAGGAAAAAUAAGAGCAGAGCUUAGAAGUUACUUUUAAGAAAAUAGCAUGCCGAACCUAUCCACAGCUGAGCUAUGAGACUCAAGCCAUCAUCAACAUACUGUCCAUUUAUGCAUAGCUUCAGCCUGUUGUGUUUAUAUUUUGUAAAAACCAUUUCAAAUUCUGACAAAAGUCAGGCUGAAAAGGGCAAAACUGUUGGAUUCACUUAGUAAUUCAUACCCAUGUAACCAGGUAGAAUAUAGAUGGAAACAUUUUGACCUUCCAUAUGUUGCAAAUUUCAGCAUGACUGGAGUAAAGGAUCAUGGGGGCUGAAGUCUGCAACACCUUGGAAGACCAAUGGUUUCCUACCCUUGAUUUUGAGAAGCAAGAUCUCAUGGUAUCUAUGUUUGCCAACAGAUUUUCCCUCUGUAAUGAAAUAGCUUUGGUGGUCUUGAAUAGCCACCACAGAUGAAAGAUGAAUGUGUAGUCCAUAAAUAUAAUGCAAGGCAGGGCAGGUGGGGUAAUAUAUAGCCUGUCACAUAGUUUCAAUAUUAUUUUUAUUCCCAGCACCAUUGAAAUUUGGUAACAAACUCCACUGUCAAUUUUGGGCCAAAAAACAAACAAACCCUGUUUUGCAGAAAAAGGAAAUGCUCAUUUUAAAAAGGGUUAUCGUGGACUACUGCCACAAUACAUCAACAUACUACAACUUCCUGGCCUUAAAAGUAGUAUGUUCUACAUGCUUUAAAUCAAUUAUAUCCAUUUGGCUGCUGAAAUUUCAUAGGGCGGUCAGCAGGGAUAUAGACCAUCAAAGGCGGAUGGGGAGGGGAAUUGUUUCCAGAUCCACUGAAGUUGCCCAUCAGAUUCUUUGAGUCAGAUUCUCAGAUGAUGUACCUCAAUACUGCUGCAUAUCAAUAUUUUGAUCCCACAAGAAAGGAAUGGAACCAAUAUUUUCUACUGCAAAUCAACCAGUUUUGGCAUCGUACCCCAGCUGGUACAAAACUCUCUUGUUCUUCCUGUGUGACUUGCAAAAUACUCCUACCUUUCCUUGCCGCUUGGAGGAAUCCCCACCCCCACCCCCAAAUCCUCUUUGGCUUGUCUUUGAAAAUGCUGUACAUAUAAUUCUAUAUUUUUCCUCCUUUGUAACUUAUCAUUGAUUUAAUAAAAAUGCAAACUCUGCCUGUUUAGAGGUAA